GCCUCCACCGGAAACAGUAAAAGGGAGUGGAAGAACCGUUGUUCACCAUCACACACAAAGCCGCUUCACAGUGCCGUUUGUUUGCAGAUAGCCGUGUGAACACAUUGAACAAAUUGCAUGGGUGUUAUUUUUCCACAUUUUUUAAGUAGCGUUGACUCUUGUGUCACUUCUGCUCUGCUUGUAGCCUGACUUCUUACUAGCUAACGUUAGCAAAGUGACUAGCAGCAGCCGCUGGCACGUUUAUCGCCAUUUUGCGCGGUCUAACAGCUUUAAGACUUUCGCCAGCAGGAGUGUUUGGAUUCGGCGUUAUGGCAGAAGCAGACCGACCUGGAAAGCUCUUCAUCGGUGGACUGAACACCGAGACCACCGAGAAGGCCCUGGAGCAGUACUUCAGCAAAUAUGGCAGGAUUGUGGAAGUUCUUCUCAUGAAGGAUCGUGAGACAAACAAAUCAAGGGGUUUCGCUUUUGUUACUUUUGAAACUCCAGCCGAUGCAAAGGACGCUGCCCGUGAGAUGAAUGGAAAGUCUCUUGAUGGUAAGCCUAUCAAAGUGGAGCAAGCUACAAAGCCCCAGUUCGAAAGUUCUGGCAGGCGAGGACCUCCGCCCAUGCACUCCCGUAGUCGUGGUCCACCCAGGGGCCCCCGUGGUUCCAGGGGAGGUCCUGGUGGUAUGCGAGGUCCACCAUCAAGAGAUUACUAUGAUAAUUCAGGGAAUGUAGAACCCUUCUUUAAAGGAAUGUCAUCCAGAGGACCCCCCAUGAAGAGAGGGCCACCUGUCCGUAAUGGAGGUCCCCCACCAAAGCGAUCUGCCCCCUCUGGCCCCAUGAACAGACCCCCCAUGUCAAGAGACAGGGAUCCCUAUGGUCCUCCCCCACCUCGGAGAGAUUCCAUGAUGUCUAGGAGGGAUGAUUAUCCAUCUCCAAGAGAUGAUCAUUACAAUUCUAAAGAUAGCUACUCCAGUCGGGAUUACAAUUCCAGAGAUUCAAGGGACUAUGGACCACCACCCCGUGAUUAUUCAUACAGAGAUUACUCCAAUUCCAGCUCCCGGGAUGACUAUGGCUCAAUGUCCAGAGGAUACAGUGACCGCGAUGGUUAUGGUGGAGGCAGAGAACCAAGAUAUAUGGACCGUCCAAGUGGUGGCUCCUACAGGGAAUCAUAUGAUGGUUACGGUAACUCUCGCAGUGCCCCACCUUCAAGGGGCCCUCCACCAUCCUAUGGUGGCAGCAGUGGAAGCAGUCGUUACGAUGACUAUGGCAGCAGUUCCCGGGAUGGCUAUGGCAGUCGUGACAGUUACCCCAGCAGUCGGAGUGACCCAUAUCCACCUAGCCGUGGUGAGCGAAUGGGCAGGCAGGAGAGGGGCCCAGCUCCCCCUGUUGAGAGAGGCUACCCUCCUCGUGAUUCAUACAGCAACUCAAGUCGUGGAGGGCCACGUGGUGGCCGUGGUGGCAAUCGACCUGAUAGAGGAAUGUCUCGCAACAGAUACUGAACUGGACUUGAAAACACGUGAAAGUACAAGCUCUCUCCGUGCACAGUUAACAAGUGUUUGGGAAAAAAAAUCUAACAACGCAAACUAGCCAUGUCUAAAUCUGUGGAGUAUGAAGCUUAGCUUUGAAUUUGUAUUUUGACUUCCCAAGUUUUUUAUGUGUAAGUUGUUUUUCUUUUUUAGUAUUUCUCUUGCUCAUGUAACAGUACAGUUACCAAGUGAGUGUCAGUUUUUACGUUCAGUGCUGUUGGAAUCUGCAAUGCCCUAUAAGUUUGGCUUUCCUUCUCUAAUAAAGCUUUUAGUUGAACCUCAA